AUGAGCAGCCAUGACCCCCCGGCGCCGCUUUCGCUCACACCGACAGUAAUGAGCAAGAUGAAGGCGGCCAAGGUAUUCAAGACCGCCGUCGAACCCUCUGCGCCGCUUUCGCCUGGGCAUAGCGGACGCUCCCCUCAGGCGCAACAGGGACCGCGCCACAUCACAGGGCUUAGCUUCGACGAUAGGGGGGACCAGGUUAUCACCGCCGGGGAGGACGAGACGUUUAGGCUGUACAAUUGCAAAACCGGGAAGCGAGUUCUCUUUGUCCUGCGGACGCUACUGGCGUGGACUAACGCUCCCUCUUCUCCUCGUCGCCCCUACUCUUGUUACAGGCAGAUAAAAAUAUUGUACUCGAAGAAGUACGGCGUCGACCUUCCACGCUUCACGCACAAAAACUCUGCGAUCGUGUACGCGUCUACGAAGGAGGACGACACCAUCCGGUACCAUGCCCUGCACGACAACAAGUACCUCCAAUACUUCAAGGGGCACAAGGAUCGCGUCAUUUCCCUUGAAAUGUCCCCGACGGACGACGGCUUCAUGUCCGGCUCCCUAGACAAGACUGUACGCGUCUGGGACCUCCGCUCGCCGAGCUGCCGUGGGAUCCUCAACCUCCCCGCGUCCCCGGUAGUUGCAUACGAUCAGAAUGGCGUUGUAUUCGCGGUCGGUAUGAACCAGUAUUCACGCAUCUUGCUGUACGACAUCUCCAACUUCGACAAAGCCCCCUUCCUCAUCAUCACGCUCGAAGACCCCUCACUCGCGCGAAUCACAUACCCACCCCGCGCCAUCUUCAUGACCUCGCUCUCCUUCUCCACCAACGGCAAGUACAUCCUUGUCGGCUGCUCUGGAGACGCGCACUACAUCGUCGACUCCUUCACCGGUUACCUCGUCGCGAAGCUUGAAGGGCACAAGGGUCUGGAGCGGAGACGGUUGGAUGCGCAGAUCACCAUUGAGCCGACGAAAGGGUGCAGCGGAGAGGAGGUCUCAUGGACCCCGGACAGCAAGUUUAUCGUCAGCGGGAGCCUGGACGGGAGGAUAUGCGUAUGGGACGUGUCGAACUUGCCGCCGCAAGAGAACCCCAAGGCGGAGGUGAAACCUAUGCUGCCAACCAUGGUGCUGGAAGGUCAUCCAGGGCCCGCACGGUGCGUGAAGUUCAACCCGCGACUGGCAAUGUUAGCGUCUGCUGGAGCAGAACUUGCGUUUUGGCUACCAGACACCUCCGGCGAGCCAGGAGACCUGGCAAAAGAGUUACUCAAAAAGCCAUCGUAG